AUGCUUGUGUGUUUAUUUUUCUUGUGUCUUGCAAAGUGCGCGUUUUGCCUUCAAGAUGAAGUUUCGCAGCCUGCCCAUUCUUGUGGUGUGAUGACUAAAUCAGCUGGCAUCAGUCAAGGCGGAUACGAGUCACAGAGAGAAGCCUUUCCGUGGGUGGCAAACAUAUUUUCAAAAUAUCUCGGAGCAACGUUGUAUGCGGGUUCUGGUUCACUGAUUUCUGAUCGUCACAUUCUUUGUGCUGCGAACUCUGUCGCAUAUGAGAAUUAUUUAGGUGAUUCAUUAGAUUUAAACCCGGACAAAAGUUAUAUUCCUUAUGAUGGUGAAAACAUUAAAAUUAUUCUUGGAACAUCACAUUAUAAAAAUUCUAUGAACGAAUCUGGUGCAUUGGUUAUUGACAGCACUUUGAAAGUCAUUUUACAUCCCAAAGUAGCAGGAACAAAGCCAAGAACAUUCAACGUUGCUUUGAUUUUUCUAAAGGAAUCGGUGCAGUUUUCGAAAUAUAUUUCACCAGUAUGUCUUUGGAGUAGCGUGAAGAAUCAAGAUGAUAUUUUAGGAAAGACGGUUUAUGCUGUUGGCUUUGGAGUUGAUCACACUGGAGUUAUUUCCGGUUUUAAAAAACAAGUUGCAAUGGUGGUGUUGGAGAAUAAAAUAUGUCAAAGGUUCUACGCCAACACGCUUCAGAAAACAAAAGAUUCGAAGUUCUUCUGUGCUCGAGGUAAUGGAAUUGAAACUCCAUGUCGGUAUGACAAGCCUUUAUACAUCAAAAUUGGUGAUCAAUGGUUCUUGCAAGCUAUGAGUUCAACUUUUAAAGUGUUUAAAACGAGAGCUUGUCGACCACGAGCUCCGGUUCUAUAUGAAGAUGUCUCGACUUUGACAUCUUGGGUGGAAUCAGAGAUUGGAGAAAAUGAUUUAUAA